UAUAUCUUAUAUCUUACCCUUUAAGUCUUUAACAGCUCACUUACCAAAAUCCUAUAAAUACACCACAACAUACUACUUAAACUCAAUUCAAAAACAUUUAUCAAGCUGUUCACUACUUUCUACAAACCCAACUCAAUUAUUACAGAUAUGGAGGACUCAAUUCCAAUCAAGAUUGAGGAUAAAACACCGGUGGAUGUAAAGGAAGAGAAGAUUGAGAUAGAAAAAGAUCUGGAGAGUAAAACAGUUGACAAAAAAAGUAAGGAAGAGAAGAAACAUAAUGAUGAAGGUGGGGAUGAUGAGGAGAAAAAGAAAAGGAAGGAUAAGGAGAAGAAAAAGGAAAAGAAGGACAAAACCGAUGGAGAGGGGAAGGAAGAUGAGAUAGAGGGGAAGGAUAAGAAGGACAAGGAGAAGAAGAAAAAGGAAAAGAAGGAAAAAGAUGAGAAAACUGAUGUAGAGAAUGUUAAGGAUAAAGAAGGUGGUGAUGAAAAGAAGGACAAGAAAAAGGAAAAGAAGGAUGAGGUAAAAGAAGACAAAGACAAGGAUGGUGAAGAGAAGAAGGACAAGAAAAAGGAAAAGAAGGAGAAGGGAAAAAAAGACGAAGACAAGGAUGGUGAAGAGAAGAAGGAGAAGAAAAAGGAAAAGAAGGUAAAAGAAGAAGAUGGAGACAAGGAUGGUGAAGAAAAGAAGGACAAGAAAAAGGAAAAGAAGGACAAGAAAGAGAAAAAGAAGGAUAAAAAUGAGAAACAAGAGGGUGAAGUAGUAUCUGUAAGGGAUAUUGAUAUAGAAGAAACACUGAAGGAAUCAGAAAAAGAAGAUGAAAAGAAAGAAGGUAAAGAGAAGAAGAAGAAGAAAGAAGACAAGGGAGAGAAGAAGAAAAAAAUUUCAAAGACCAAUGAUGUUAGCAGUCUGAAACAAAAGCUUGAAAAAGUGAAUGGAAAAUUAGAAGCACUUCUGGAAAAGAAGGCUGAUAUAGAGAGGCAGAUUAAAGAAGCUGAAGAUGGAGGUCAUGAAAUUAAUGUGAAGGACAAGUGAGAGAUUUAGUAUAAAAGUUCAGAAUAUUACACUAUACCAUGGAGGGUCAUACUGUAAUCAUAUACUAUAAUGCAUUAUGAGAGUUUUUGUUGUGU